AUGGCAUCAUCCUCAAACCAGCUCCACUUUGUGUUUGUUCCAUUACUAGCACAAGGACACAUGAUCCCCAUGAUAGACAUGGCCAGGUUUUUUGCCGGGAACGGUGUUAUAACCACCUUGGUCACAACCCCUCACAACGCGUCCAGAUUCGGGUCAACCAUUCAUCGCGCUAUAAACUCAGGGCUUCCGAUACAACUCCUCGAAAUCCCAUUUCCAGGCCAAGAAAUGGGGCUCCCUCCGGGAUGUGAAAACCUCGAUUCCGUACCUUCGCGACACUUAAUCAAGAACUUUUAUAGUGCCAUGGAUAAGCUACAACAACCGUUAGAGAAAUAUCUGGAAAAGCAAAAGCUGCCACCAAGCUGCAUAGUUUCAGACAAGUGCCUCUACUGGACGUCAAAGACAGCCCAAAAGUUCAACAUCCCAAGGCUAGUCUUCCAUGGGAUGUGUUGCUUCUCACUUUUAAGCUCUCAUAACGUUAAGCUACAUAAUUCUCACCGUUCCGUCAAUUCAGACUCAGAACGUUUUCUAGUGCCCGGAAUGCCAAAAAGGGUUGAAAUAACAAAAGCCCAGUUGCCAGGAGCAUUUGUUUCUCUCCCGGACUUGGAUAUCAUUCGAGACCAAAUGAGAGAGGCCGAAGAAACAGCUUAUGGGGUUGUGGUAAAUACUUUCAGUGAGUUGGAGGACGACUGUGUAGAGGCGUACAGGAAGGCUACACAAAAAGAGGUGUGGUGUAUUGGACCAGUUUCCCUGUGUAACAAGGAAACUUCGGACAAGUUCGAGAGAGGGAAUAAUGCCUCAAUUGGUGAGAAAACAUGCAUGGCAUGGCUUGACUCGAUGAAAGAAGAAUCUGUUCUUUAUGCUUGCCUUGGUAGCCAAUGCCGCCUUGUCCCAUCGCAAUUGAUAGAGCUCGGGCUGGGCUUAGAAGCAUCAAACCACCCAUUUAUUUGGGUGAUAAAAACAGGGGAAAGAUUUUCAGAGCUAGAGAAAUGGUUGUUAGAAGAGAAAUUUGAGGAGAGAAUCCAAGGAAGGGGACUUCUGAUCAAAGGUUGGGCCCCUCAACUUCUUAUUCUGUCCCACCCAGCAAUCAAAGGGUUCUUAACCCACUGUGGUUGGAACUCUACCAUAGAAGGUGUGUGCUCUGGUGUGCCAAUGAUAACAUGGCCUAUGUUUGCAGAACAGUUCUUCAACGAGAAACUAGUCGUUGAGAUUUUGAGGAUUGGGGUUCGAGUAGGCGUUGAAGUUGCUGUUAGAUGGGGGGAUGAAGAGAAAGUUGGGGUAUUGGUCAGGAGAGAAGAUGUUAAGAAGGCGAUAGAGAUGCUAAUGGGAGGGGAUGAAGAAGGAGAAAGCAGAAGAAAUAGAGCACAAGAGCUUGGAGGAAUAGCAAGGAGGGCCAUGGAAGAAGGAGGAUCUGCUCACAUCAACAUGUCAGUCUUGAUCAAAGACAUAACUAAGGAGAUUAGAUCUAGGGCCAUGAAGAUGAGCCAUCCCCACGACUUUAACUAGUCUUCUACCAAUGCAUUUUUAGCACUGUGUAAUAACAACUCUCUGCAUUCUUAAAGCAUUGUAACCACAUCUUUUCGUGAAUUAAACAUCUCAUUUUCGCUAUCAAA